AUGGCUGCACGAUCUUAUCAGCGCCUGGGCCUACUAGUGGCAACGGGGUUUCUGGUAUUUUUGUCGCUGGUUUUUCUCGAGAGCCGCAAAUCGGGGGCAUUUGGGAAUCAGGAUAUCGCUCCUCCUGCACAGGCUUCCCCUCCAUCACAAUUACAACAAGAUGUUGAGCUCUCGACUGACCCUGCCUCUAACGCUUCGGGCGCUGUGCACCCAAUAGCCGGUCUCGUCGAUGAUGCAGAGAAACAGCUCAACCAGCUCCUGGAGCGUCAGUCCAAAACGCUGAAAGAUGCGGUCAACGAAUAUCGCCGGCGCUACAACAUGAACCCCCCACCACACUUUGACAAAUGGUUUGAAUACGCUCAGUCGAAGGGCGUUGAGCUGAUCGACGAGUACGACACUAUCUAUCAUUCUUUGCUGCCCUUCUGGGGCCUUUCGCCCCAAACUAUUCGCGCCCGCGCCCGCGAGGCUCUUGGAGGUGGUAACGGCCUGUAUGGAGUUCUUGUCAGAAAUGGAAAGGUAUCGUUGAUUGAAGGACUUGGGGAAGAAGACUGGCGAAGGCCGGCUACACAAGGCAUGGUCAAGGAUUUCGUCAAGUAUUUGCCCGACAUGGAUUUAGCAUUUAAUGUCCAUGACGAACCACGAGUCAUUUCGCCCAAUGAUGAUCUCCAAAGACUAGUUUCGAUAGCAAAAGACCAUGCCAUCCCACGUGCUUUCGCGACACAAUCGGCCGUCAACGCAUGGUCGGCUCGGCCACGCGACGUUAACAAAGGGGACCGCAUCGAGGGAGUGCGCACCACUCGUUUCAAUACGAUAUCUCGCCAGCCGGCCUGGAUUGAAUCGAGAAUGUCGUGCCCCGCCGAUAGCCCUGUUCGAUCCCUCGACGAGAACCCACCAGACGACACUACGGGAUACGCUCAUACAGAGUUUGGUUUCAUCCACAAUGCGACGGCCUUUUCGGAUGUGUGCAACACGCCUUCCUUACGUGACACGUUUGCGUUCUUUGAACGGCCCAAUACCUUCGACGUUGUCCAUGACCUUUUCCCGAUCUUCUCCCAAAGCAAGGUUUCUACCUUUCAGGAUAUUUUGUACCCUAGCCCCUGGUAUUGGGAUAAGAGGGUAGAAUAUGUGGCGCCAGAGGAUCUUAGCUGGGAAGAAAAGAUUGAUAAAUUAUAUUGGAGAGGUUCUACAACUGGUGGGUGGUCGGUAAACGGGGGCUGGCGGCGACAGCAUCGACAAGUAAUGGUCGGAAACAUCAACUCUCUGGGUAAGGUCAAGGUCCUUGCCAAGAAUGACGAUGGACAAUGGGAAUCUAAAGAGGUUGAUCGCCGCAACUACCACGACCUCUUUGAUGUUCACUUCACCUUUAUUCAACAGUGUGACGAGCACGACUGCGCCGCCCAAGAGGAGUUCUUCGAUUUGACACCACAGGUAGAGCAGAAAGGGGCUUGGUCUUACAAGUAUCUCGUUGAUGUUGACGGAAACGCCUUUAGCGGACGGUAUCACGCAUUCCUCGAAAGCAACAGCUUAGUAUUCAAAGUUUCUAUGUUCCGAGAAUGGCACGAUGAGAGGCUUAAACCUUGGCUUCAUUAUAUACCAAUGAGCCUGAAGGGAAACGAAUUCGUCGAGACCAUGCGCUAUUUUAUAUCGGAAGAAGAAGGCAAGGCCACAGGGCCUCGCCUAGCUCAGAAAGGAAAGGAUUGGGCCCAAAGAACAUUGCGCAAACAGGAUAUGGAGGUUUGGUUCUUUAGGUUACUCUUGGAGUACGGGCGUUUGGUAGACGAUAAUAGAGAGAACCUGGGGUUCGUGGCGUGA